AUGUUCAUAUCGACGAAGCGCGCCGUUGCGCUGACUUGCGGCAUUUUUGUCUUCGUUCUUUUGACGGGCUAUCAGUCGAUCAAGUACAAUUUCAUACCAAACCCUCUACAAAAUGUCCUAAAGAAUGGCACAUUCAAUAGCUCGGGCUCGCUUGCAGAGCUGAAGCCAUUCUGGACUACCGAACAGCUAGAACCUCGAUUUGCCUAUGUUCAGUAUGCGACGGACAUUCACUACCUGUGUAAUGCAGUGAUUAACUUCAAUCGCCUGCACCGCUUCGGCGCAAAACACGACCAGGUCCUGAUCUUUCCCAAAACUUGGGUGGAAGGGGAUUCAAAGGAGGCCAAAGCUAUCAAGACCAUCCAAAAGGCUCUACCGGACCUCGUCCUGCGGCCCUUUGGUCUCCUCACAACACACAAGGGAGAGGCAACAUGGUCCAAGAGCCUGACCAAGUUCCACGCCUUCGAUCUUACAGAUUACACACGAGUGUUAGCCUUCGAUUCCGACUCGCAGGUCUUGAACAACAUGGAUCACUAUUUUCUGGCCCCAAUGGCAGCCGUCGCCGUCCCCCGCGCCUACUGGCUGAACGAGAAGGAUACGCCCGUCGUCAAGCAAGUCCUUGGCUCCCAUGUCAUGCUCAUCGAGCCCAAUAAGUCGCGGUAUGACAAGAUUGUGAGCGAGGCGCUCAAGUCCGGGGAUUUCGACAUGGAGGUCAUGAAUCACAUGUUCAAGGACUCGGCCAUGAUCCUCCCGCAUCGUCGACUUGCACUUUUAACCGGCGAAUUCCGAGCCAAGGAGCACCAGAAAUACCUUGCGCCCGACGACGACGAGGAAUGGAACGCCAUGGCCGAGGUAUCAAGAGCCUAUCUGGUCCACUUCAGCGAUUGGCCGUUGCCAAAGCCGUGGCUCUCCCGUUCGGAUGCGCAAUGGAAAGCUGCCUUGCCGGACUGCCCCGAAGACGAAGAAGACAAGCCUGAUCGACCCCGGUGCGCUGAUCGGGUUAUGUGGGAAGGAUUUUAUGAAGAUUACGAAAGUGACAAGAAGAAAUACUGCAAGUCUUGGUUAUGA